UUGAAAACAAAAAUGGUGGCCAACAAUAUGCCCUAUCCCUGCCCUGGUUUUAUGGCACGCCAAAUGUCUGCGUUCUCUAGGCUUCUUUCUACUAUGUAUUUCCCUUCGACUGAUACACCCAAUUUCGAUGUGAACAAAGGGAAUCAUUUCCUCGCAGUCGACCCUAUCUUACGUGCUAAAUAAGUGGGGCUGCUUCUAACCAAACCGAAGGAAACACGAAAAAACAAUCUAGCAUUGUGGCAAUGCAGUAAGGAGCAAAAUCUUGUAUGCUUUAUUAAUUCAGAACGCAAGAUAGACGUUUUUAUUUCGCAACACGCUAUGUACCAAUUAUGUAAAAAAUUUCCUGUCGUCCGUGUCACAUGCAUCAUCAGAGUCAUUUAACAUAUUUAAUGAAAUGUCAAAAUAAUCACAGAAUCACAUUAGGUUGUUGAAUUUUAUAGAGACUGGUAAUGACAGAUAGGGCACACACAAUGAGGUUGGAAGCAGAAAUGGCUGCUCCUUUGCAUUUGCAAAGAUUGGAGCGCAGCCUUAAUGUACAGCCCUUCUUGAGACAAAUCAAUGAGUUGUUCCAAGAUCCAGCUAGCGAGGAUGAGAAAUCUGUGUCGUCAGAAUCUUCUGAAGGAUCAGACAAUUAUCUUGAUAAUGUAUUGAUCCGAAAAGAAGAGGAUAGAAUUAAUAAGUUAAGGCUGUACAAUAUGUCAAGUGUGGGAGAGGAACGUAGGUGGCUGCAGGACAUACUUUUAAGCGAUUCAUCAGAUAGUUCAGCAUCAGGAUCCGAUACGGAUAGCCCCAUCACGGAAGAAGAUUUUCAAGAAAUGUUAAAAUUCCAUAUACUGAGAAAAAAAUAUCAAGGCAGAUUCUAUCAGAAGCCAGAGAACAUACAGUACCAGUACUACAGUGCUGGCUUAUUGUCAAAUUAUGACAGAUUUUUAGAACAUCAAAAAUUAAUAGUGGGAAAUAAAAAGAAGAAAGAGAAGAAACCCGAGAAGAAAGUUAUGAAAAUCAAGAAGGAGAAAGUCCCUCGACAUAGACCAUCUGAUGAUUAUCCUGACGGAGAAUAUCCGGACGACGAAUGGGAUCGUACACUGCCUAGGGAAGAAGAAUUAGAUGAAGCUGAAUUAGAAGCAAUAAUGCGCCAUCAACCGCGACAGCGUGGGAGAAAGAAGCAUAAUAAUAAAAGUCCAGAGGUAAUGGCGAUGAGGAGAAGAAAAAUCUGGGUGAUGAUGUCUAAGAAAGAACUGGGAAAAGUACAAAGAGCGAAAACCAAUAAUCAUAAGGAAAUGUUAAUUAGUUGUAAGAAAGUAGCACAGCACUGCAUGAAGUAUUGGAGACAAAAGGCUAUGCAGUCCCAAAAGAAUAUGAAAGAGACCAUAUGGAGGGCAAAACGUCUCACGAGAGAAAUGCAAUCGUACUGGAAACGUUAUGAUCGCGUUGAACGUGAAACUAGAAGAAGACUAGAAAAAGAGGCUGAGGAACAAAGGAAAAUGGAUGUCGAACUCAUUGAGGCGAAACGUCAACAGAGAAAAUUAAAUUUUCUUAUUACACAAACCGAAUUGUAUGCUCACUUUAUGUCUCGAAAAUUGGGCAAAGCUUCACCCGAAGAACAGUUGAGAAUCUUAAAUCAAUUGGAUGAAGAGAAAAAUCCAAGACUCGUCGGAAUUGAUGAUUAUGAUAGGUAA